GGGAUUGGCACCGGCACCAGGGGAGACCCGAGCCCGCCCGGAGCCCCGGGACCGGGGACGGCCGAGCCGGGGCUGGCCCCCGGGGCUCUCUGACGGGGUCUUGCCAAAGGCUCCCGGUGCCCGGUGCCGCGCCACGCUGCAUGGACUGGUACAUGAUGAACUGCGAGCUGCUGGCCACCUGCAGCGCCCUGGGCUACCUGGAGGGCGACGUCUACCACCGGGAGCCCGACUGCCUGGAGAGCAUCAAGGACCUGAUCCGGUACCUGCGGCACGAGGACGAGACGCGGGACGUCCGGCAGCAGCUGGGGGCAGCCCAGAUCCUGCAGAACGACCUCCUGCCCCUCCUGGUGCAGUACCCGCAGGACAAGGUGCUCUUCGACGCCGUCGUCAGGCUGCUGGUGAACCUGACGCAGCCGGCUCUGCUCUGCUUUGGCAAGGUGCCGGCGGACGCCACCUCCCGGCACCACUUUCUGCAGGUCCUGUCCUACCUCCAGGCCUACAAGGAGGCGUUCGCCAGUGAGAAAGUUUUUGGGGUGCUCAGCGAGAAGCUCUACGAUGUGCUGCAGCUGGACUGGGAGCAGCGGCAGGAAGAGGACACGCUGCUGAUUGAGCGGAUCCUGCUGCUGGUGCGCAACGUGCUGCACGUGCCCCCGGACCCCACGGAGAAGCAGGAUGUGGACGGCGAUGCCAGCGUGCACGACCGGGUGCUGUGGGCGCUGCACAUCAGCGGGAUGGAUGACCUGCUCAAGUUCCUGGCCAGUGCCCAGUCCGAGCAGCAAUGGGCCCUGCACGUCCUCGAGAUCAUUUCCCUCAUGUUCCGUGACCAGAGCCCGGAGCAGCUGGCAGCGCUGGGGCAGGGGCAGGCGGCCGCCGAGCGCGGGGAGGACACGCGGGAGCUGGAGACCCUGCGGCAGCGGGAGCUGGCGGAGAAGAGGGCCCGAGCGCUGCAGCGCCCAUCCAGGCACUCCCGGUUCCGCGGCUCCUACGUCAUCCAGGGCCUGAAGGCCAUCGGAGACAACGACGUCGUCUUCCACAAGGGGCUGCACAACCUCCAGAGCUACAGCCACGACCUGGGCAAGGAGCCGCGCCGGGUGCCGCGGCGGCGCUGGGCCCCCCCCGAUCCCGGACCCUUGCGGCGCUCUGCCCGCAACGUCCGGCUCUUCCUCUGCCACUUCUGCCAGGACUUUCUGGAGGGCUGCUACAACCGCCUGAUGCUGCUGGUCAAGGACCAGCUGCUGCGGGAGAAGGCUCAGCAGCACGACGAGACCUACUACCUGUGGGCCACCGCCUUCUUCAUGGCCUUCAACCGCAGCCGGGGCUUUCGUCCCGAGCUGGUGUCGGAGACGGUGGGCGUCCGCGCCUUCCACUUCAUCGAGCAGAACCUCACCACCUACUACGAGAUGGCGCUGAUGGACAAGAAGGAGGCGGUGACCUGGGCCCGCAGGAUGCACCUGGCCCUGAAGGCCUACCAGGAGCUGCUGCGGACGGUGCAGGAGAUGGACCGCUCCCCCGAGCCGGCGGUGCGGGACAGCAGCCAGGUCAUCAAGAACAACAUCUUCUACCUGACGGAGUACCGUGAGCUCCUCCUCGCGCUUUUCCGCAAGUUUGACGAGACCAAGCAGCCGCGCGCCUUCUUGCGGGACCUGGUGGAGACAGCGCACCUCUUCCUGCGCAUGCUGGAGCACUUCUGCCGCGGCCGCGCAGGGCUUGUGGUGCAGAGCAAACGCGUGCGGAGGAAGAAGAAGCCACGGGCGCCUGCAGCCCUCGCCCCGCAGCCACCCAGCGCGGCCGAGCUGGAGGAGCUGUGGGCAGGGUUGGCCCCGCAGCUCCAGGCCUGCCUGCAGGGCGAGGUGCCCCUCCCCGAGGACGUGGUGCCCUUCGACGCUGCCUCGGAGACGCCGGUGGAGGAGCAGCGCGCGGAGGCUCUGCUGCGGAUCCAGGGCUGCCUGCGGGGUGCCCAGGCCCCUGAGGCCCUGCGGCUGCUCCGCUGCGCCAGGGAAGUGUGGCCCGAAGGGGACGUGUUCGGCCCCUCUGGUGCGGGGCCGCCCGAGGAGACCCAGCUGCUGCGGGAGAUCUUCUUCGCUGCCCUGCCCCGGCACGCGCCCCCUGAGGCCGAGGAGCCGGAGGAGCUCGAGGAAGAGGAGGUGGAGGAGGACGAGGAGGAGCAGACGGUGCAGGUGGCGGAGAAGGAGUUCAACUUCAUGGACUACCUCAAGCGGUUCGCCUGCGCCCCCGUGGUCCGCGCCUGCGCGCUGCUGCUGCGGGGCUAUGCCCAGAACAGCGCCCGCACCAACCACUGCGCCGCCCGCCUGCUGCACCGCCUGGCCCGUGACCUGCGCAUGGAGGCCCUGCUCUUCCAGCUCUCCCUCUUCACCCUCUUCCACCGCCUCCUCAACGACCCCGGCGCUGCUGCCCACCAGGAGCUGGUGGCCCUGGCCAAGUUCAUCCUGGGCAAGUUCUUCGCGCUGGCGGCCACCAACAAGAAGGCCUUCGUGGAGCUGCUCUUCUGGAAGAACCCCACGGCCGUCCGCGAGAUGACUGAGGGCUACAGCUCCCUGCAGGAGGGAGAGGGGGCUGCUGCGCGCAGGGCCCCUGCCUGGACCCCACAGGAGGAGCAGGCGCUGCGGGAGCUGUACUGGAAGUACAAGGAGGUGGAAGGCCAGGACGUCAUCGCCGCCAUCCUGGCCGAGCUGCCGGCGCCUGGGCGGACGCGGAGGCAGGUGGUGAAGCAUUUGGUGAGGCUGGGGCUGGCCAGCAGCGCCAAGGACUUCCCGCAGCAGAGGAAGGGCACCCACAUCGUGCUGUGGACGGAGGAGCAGGAGCAGGAGCUGGAGCGGCUCUUUGAGGAGUUCAGGGGCUCGGAUGACGUCCUGGGGAACAUCAUGAAGAACCUGACGGCACGGCGGUCGCGGGCCCGUGUGGUGGAGAAGCUGCUGGGACUGGGGCUGGUGUCGGAGCGCAAGGAGCUGCACAAGAAGCGCCGGAGGAAGGGCCGCGGCCCCGAGCUGGGUGAGGCGGAUGCUCUGGUGGUGUCAGCCCAGGACAGCUCAGCAGAGGAGGGGGACAGCGAGGAGGAAGAGGAGGAAGAAGAGGAGGAAGCAGAGAGCGACCCCAUAGAGGAGCACUGGGUGCCCGAGGAAGGGGCUGGGCAGGGCCUGGUGCAUCUUCUGCAUCAGGAAGGCCUGGCCGGGCCCCUGCAGUGGCUGGAGAACUGCCUGAGGAGGACGGCCGGGGACCGCGAGCAGGAGGGCCUGUCCUUCCCCGUGCCCCUGGUGCCUCUCUCAGAGGAGAACGAGGAUGCCAUGGAGGACCGGCGCUUCCGAGCCCUGCUAAGGGAGCUGGGGCUCCGUCCCCCCGCCAGUGAGCAGGAGUCCUUCUGGCGCAUCCCCGCCACCCUCACCCCGCAGCAGCUGCGCCGCGCCGCCGCCUCCCUUGUCCACCAUAGCCCCAACCCUGAGGGGCUCCCCCAGCACCCUGAGGGGCUGCCGGCGCCACCCAGGCACCCCCAGGCUCCUGCUUCAGCAGCAGAGCAGCUGCCGGCCCCGCUCGGAUCGGACUCAGAGAGCGAGGAGCCCGUCCCCGUCCCCCUGCAGUCGGGCAGCAAGAGGCGGCGCCAGCUCGACAGUGAGGAUGAGGAUGGUGGAAGCCCAGAGGCAGAACCAGCCGCCGCUGCGCCCUGCUCAGAGGACGACGACGACCCCCAGCCUGCAGGGAGGCGGAAGCGUGCCCGCUGCCUGGAGGAGGAGGAGGAGGAGGACUGAGGGCCCCUACCUUCCCUUGGUGCAGCUGGGCUCUGGGCAGAGCUCCGGCACUUUGCUGCAGGUUUUUAAGCUGUUCUGAAGGGUGCUGUGACAGCAGGCUGCGGCUCCUGCCCCUGUCUCCAUGCCCCACGUCUGUCCCCGUCUCCCUCUCUCCCCCCAGUUCCUUUUUUCCCCUGUUUUGUUCCGUUUCCUUCCCCCCAUCCCUUUUAUAUCUGGAAAGAGACCCAAUAAACGACUGCAGCUCUGG